AUGGCGACUCAAGGUCGUGAUCUGUCAGUACCACGUUUAACUUUUAUUAUGACGGUAUUUAUUAAUACGUUUGGACACACAUGUCUCUAUUGCGUUGUAGGAGAAAUUUUAGUUGCACAAUGCGAAGGAGUUUAUGAAGCUGCAUGCAAGUACAAGUGGUAUAACUUGGAGCCAAAGAAAGCAAAGAACUUAAUGAUGAUAAUGAUUCGAGCCAACAAAUCGUUGUACCUUACUGCAGGAAAACUGUUCCCUAUGACGAUGUCUACAUUUUGUAACUUGUUAAAGACAUCGGGUGGUUAUAUAUCGGUUUUGCUGGCACAUCGAGAAUAA